GUUGUAUCCUUCAAAAUAAGACUUCCACACUUACAGAAAAAUUAACAUCCAUCAGACCAAAGAUAAUUGACAGGACAGCUUUUCAAAUGCUGAUCUUAUGCUCUAGAAGACCAAAGAUAAUUGACAGGACAGGAUACUCUGCCAUUUUUGUUUUCUCAAGUAGACAAAUCAUGUAAAAAUAUUAUCUUUCGGAUAACUAGAUAAUAAAUCACCCCGUUACUCAGUAUGGAAGACUCUCUGGAAAAAAUAUGAUAUAUGAUUUCGCUGGACGGAUAUCCCCUUCCAUGGUGGUUAUUAUGUGAUCAAUUAUUGACAUUGCCAACCAACAUCAGUUGUAUCCUCUGUGUUCGAAAUUUGCCAAAGCCACGGCUGCUAGCAAUCGUAAUAUAAGAUAAGCUGUGGAGAAGAUUUUACGCAGGGCAAAUUAAUGGGCGUUAUAGUGGGUGGGGUGGCAUUUUCCCCUAUCUCCAUACCAUCCAAAGUUAAUGUAACCUGCAAUUCUUUACCAUGCCUAAAAAUUGGACGCAGCAAGGGCAGGAUUGUGGUAAGUAAGUUUUCAGGUGGUAACGGUCACAUUGAGUUGAGUGGAGAGCAGCUCAAAUCCCAGUUGGAAUCGCUUCAGAGGGAAGCUGACCAAACCAUAGAAAAAGCAAACAGUACAAGAGCUCGGUUUAUGAGGUUAACGGAAGCUGUGGACAAACUUCAACUACAGGCUCUGGCCAAUGUCAAAGCUGGUAAGGAAUCUGCUGCAAGAGAAAUGCUGUUGCAGAAAAAGAAGGUGAUGCAAGCUUUAGAGAAUUCUAAAAGACGGGCUGAACUUCUUGAUGAGCUUCUAAAAAAGAUUGGUGAGGCAAUCUCUGAGAAGGAAGCUCAAUUAAUCAAACUUUUAGCUACUACUCGUUUGGAGAAGGAUAUUGGGAAAGACAGUGAAGGCCCAGUUAGAGUUGUUUCUUCCACAGAAGGUGCUUCUUUUAACAAUGAAAAUUUAGAAGAGCAUUUUGAGUCAGACAGCAAGAAAAUUGAUGGGAAUGAAAAAGAACUGAGAACCAACAUGACUGGUGCUACUGAAAGUGAAAGCCAGAUAAAUCAGGAAAGAGAUUCCAAGGAGCUCUUAAUUAGUGACACUGGGAUCAGAUAUGAUCAUCUUCUUGCAGUUCUCAAGGGGAUUGAUUCAUAUCAGAGCUUGUUAAUUGAUCUUGAUCAACAAAUUGCCGAAAUGGAAACAAAGCUACAAGUUCUGCACAAAUUUUCAAGUUUGUUGCUUGAGGAUGAAGCAGAAAGGUUAUCAAAUCGAAAGGUGAAGGCAACAAUUGAAAUCCUCGAAGCAUUGCAAAAUGCUAGAGCAAGAAUUGCAGGUGCACUAAGUCAGGUAAAAACAUCCAUGUGAACGGUUUUUUGGCCUCAGAUAUUGCUUCAAUUGUCCAAUGUAAAAUGUAUUAUUUGAAUCUUGUUUGCUUCAAAUUUUUAUUUUUUGGAGAAGAGUUUGCCUUGGCCAGAUAUGGAUUUUAUCUACACUAUUUUUUUAUAUUAAUAUGUCGGAAAUAUGUUGUUAGUUCUGUGUAUGUUGUGGUAAGAACAAGUUGCAAAUGAUGCCCAGAAAGGCUGAAAAAAAUUCAUUGAGAGAUAUCAAUGCAUGCUUGUUUAAAAGGUGUCAAGACCAAACAAACUUGGUCAAAUGGUUUGGAUAUUGAAUAUCCUCUCCUUGGUCAAUCUGUACUAUUCACCAAUGUAUUUUUGAGGAAUCAUUCCAUCUUUUGGUCUUUUUCUGUGAUGUGCUCCAAUGAUUGUCUGCUCUGCAAUCCCAUUCUACCUUGAGAUAGAAAAGGUAUGAAGCUGCAAUUCUAUAGAAAAUCCUGAGCUGGAGAUUGCUUGGUACGCAAGGAUGGCAUGAAGCUGAUUAUUAUGUCUAUUUUCCUUCUGUACUAUCUAUCAAGAAAGUUAUUUUUCUUUAGAAGAGCUAUAAGUAAUGAGGGACAUAUUAAAUUGCCUAACAAACAGAAUAUCCAAACACAGAACAGAAAAAUUGGGACUCUGGGUUUCAUGAAAAGCUGACUCUAUUGUGGCAAGUGUUAAAGAUUAAAGGUGGUCAAUUUCAUGGCAAUGUAUGCAUAUACUGUAAAACACAUCUUCUGGUUCCGAAAACUGUGCAUUAUAUUAUUUAUUAAUUAAGUGUACAGGGAUGCUGAUUAUUGA